CGGCACGCCGGGAGGCGCAGCCCGGCUCCGGCCCGGCCCGGCCCGCUGCCCGCCGCCGCCGCGGAGCGCUGCCGCCGCAGAUUAGAAUAACUGUCAAAAUCUAGAAAAAAUAAGUGAAUCCAUCAAAUAUGGAAGAGGACACCAAACCUCUCUUGAUUCCUGUUGGAGGCGAUGAAAGCAAUUAUGGAAUCAUGAAUAUACAGUUUAAUCCAGAAGACUUUAAAUGCAAAAGUCAUUUAACCAUCUGCCUGGAGGAAGAUCAGGACGAUGUUGAUAUCCCUUUAGGAAUGAAAAGACCAUUUCAUGUGGAGCCUACAAACAUAGUCAGUGUGAAUGAUGACAUGCAACGAGUCACUGACGAAGCUUCAGCAAUGAAUAAGCGGAUUCAUUAUUAUAGCAGGCUCACGUCUCCUACAGACAGGGCAUUGACUGCUCCUGAUCAUGUACUUCCAGCUCCAGAUGAAAUCUACAUCUACAGUCCAUUAGGAACUGCUUUUAGAGUUGACAGUUGCACAGAUGGCUAUGGUAAAAACUCCAGUAUAGUGACAAUAUUUGUGAUAUGGAAUACUAUGAUGGGUACAUCUAUAUUAAGUAUUCCAUGGGGGAUAAAACAGGCGGGAUUUACUUCUGGAAUCAUUCUCAUCUUACUGAUGGGCCUUUUGACACUUUAUUGCUGUUACAGAGUAGUGAAGUCACGGAAAAUGAUACCUUUAAUAGAUACCUCAAACUGGGAAUUCCCAGAUGUUUGCAAGUAUUAUUUUGGAUCUUUUGGUCAAUGGACAAGCCUCUUAUUUUCUAUGGUAUCACUUGUUGGAGCCAUGGUUGUUUAUUGGGUGCUUAUGUCCAACUUUCUGUUCAACACAGGAAAGUUUAUAUACAACUAUGUUCAUGAUAUUAACAUAACAGAUAUUGUUCCUGGCACAAAUGGAAGUAACAAAGUCAUUUGCCCAAGUGCUGCUGGUGAUCACACACCACAGAACGGGAGUAUGGUGUUUUCUUCUGGCAACAGUACAGGCUUUGAGCUCUUUGAGGUGUGGUGGAACAAAUCACAAACAGUACCGUUUUACCUGAUUGCCAUUCUUCUGCCCCUGCUAAAUCUGAAGUCUCCAUCCUUCUUUGCAAAGUUUAACGUCCUGGGUACGGUUUCAGUUGUCUACUUAAUUCUUUUGGUUACUGUAAAGGCUGCUCACCUAGGAAUCCACUUAGAAUACAACUGGUUUACAGAGAACGAUUUUUUUGUACCAGAGUUUAGAGUUCUCUUCCCCCAGCUUACAGGAGUUCUGACACUUGCCUUCUUCAUCCACAAUUGUGUCAUCACUCUUCUUCAAAACAACAAGAAUCAAGAAAACAAUGUGAGAGACCUCUCCAUUGCUUACUUACUGGUGGGAUUAACGUAUCUAUAUGUCGGAGUGAUAAUUUUUGCAUCUUUUCCUUCUCCACCACUAUCCAAAGAAUGUAUUGAACAGAAUUUUCUAGAUAACUUUCCCAGCAAUGACGUCAUGUCAUUUAUUGCAAGAAUAUUCCUGCUGUUCCAGAUGAUGACUGUAUACCCACUGUUGGGCUAUCUGGCACGGGUCCAGCUAUUAAGACAGGUUUUUGGAAAUGCUUACCCAAGUGUUUUCCAUGUGCUCAUCCUGAAUAUAGCCAUUGUAGGAGCUGGAGUAGUAAUGGCAAGGUUUUAUCCAAAUAUAGGAGGUAUCAUAAGAUACUCUGGAGCAACGUGUGGUCUGGCCUUUGUAUUCGUGUAUCCAUCCCUCAUCUAUGUGAUCUCCCUGCAUCGUGCUGGGCAGCUGACGUGGCCAGCAUUGAUCAUUCACAUCUUUAUAAUCGUCCUUGGACUGGCUAAUCUGAUUGCACAAUUCCUAUUGUGAAAACUCCCCCUUCUCCCUGUGGCUGUCACAAGUGGUACUGCGACAUUUGGCAACAGGCUUGAGCAACACAGUCACACACGAGAUCCGAACAGUCCUCAAUACGAUCUUCUUGAGAAAAGCUGCACCUUCGGAACAAAUUCAAAGCACAUCUGCCAGGCACUUGAAAGGAAACCUACUAUGCUUCUCUAAAAACGCAAUUUUGAGAUAAGUGAAAUAGUUCAAAUACAGGCAGGGUAGUUCUACUCUUUUUGUUGAAUGUACAUCAAGGUUUAAUGAAGCUCAAAAAUAUUAAUUUUUUAAAGUUCGCUUCUCAAAACACUCAGCUUUCAGCCAUGGGCUGUAGAACUCCUCUUUCCUUUAAAACAACUGUCCCUACCUUUAAUCCAAACAUGCUUUUACAGUAUUGUUCAGUGGCUGUUUGAAAUGCUCUUUUAUUGCAAUUGUUCUACUGUUCUGUUGGAAAAAUGAAGAAAUGAUUGUCUUCCCUUCUUUUUUUUUUAAGGUUAAUUUAUAGUCAUUUGGGUCAAAAUGCACUCUUAAUUUUAAAUAUGGUAUUAAAUCGUUUUGGCAACAUUUUUCCUCUAAAGAAUUCCAACUAGGAGAAACAAUAAACUCAUGUCUCAGUGUUU